UUUUGCAUUUCGUUCGUGAAGGUUGUGUUUUCCGCUUAAGAUCCGCUCGUCUAGUCUUUUGUGGAAAUCAGUUAAAUAAAUAAACAAAGAAAUACAACAAAGUGUUGUUUUUUUUUGUUGAUUAUUAAACAAAUACAAUUUUGGAAAAGAAUUCUACAAAAGAAGUAGAGUAAAUUGAUGUGUGAAUGACCAUUUAAAAAAUAAAUAAAAAUUAAUAGAGUUUUCAACAUACAAAAUUAAUAAGUUUGCAAGUAAAUUGGAGUAAAGAAAAAUUCUGUUUCGGUUUUUUCUUGUUCAUUAAAAGUGCAUAUAAAUUUAUGCAUACCUGGUGCGCGAUAGUGGUGCAUCACGAUUUUUAUGUAUAUGUACAAACGAAUGAAUACUGCAUGUAAACGUGUGUGUUUGUCUACAUGUGCGCCCAGUGAGUGAGUAAUGUUUACUAAUAAUUUCUCCUGUUAUGAAAACAAUUUGAAAAAAAAACAAUAAUAAAUUAAAUAACAAAACAAACAAAAAAAAAAUUCAUUAAAAUUUGUUUGAAAAACAAACUGUGAAACAAAUAUCCUUAAUAAAACAAAACGUAACGGAAAUUAAAUCAAAUUCAGUUGCUGAUGUGCUUCCCGCCAAUUUGUUAAGCCUGCAACUGCAUGGACACUGGCUGUUCUUAGCUUGGGGGUUUCCGCUACUGAUAAUGCUUAUUUUGCGGACUCCAUUCAUGUAAAGGCUUAUGCACGGCAGAUUUACUAGCGCAUUAAAUGACAAUUUAUAACGGAAAUUUAAUUUGCAAAUAAAUUAAAAUCAUACAACAACAGAAACAUUAGGUUUUGUUGUUGUUGUUGCUGGUGCUGUUGACGCGAGUGUUAAGCAAAACGCUGUCCUUUUGACACGCCCAUCCCCCCGUUGCUUAUAAAUAUAAAUGUACAAGGACAGUAGCUGCCGUAGCAGCCCUCAGCCACCACCAACAACGACGAACGUCGCCGAAAUAGCCACGGACACAGGAUUAGUAGCAAGCACAACAGCAGCAUCAUUACCCCUAGAUAACCCACCUAUACAUGCCCGCGCUGCCACCUUAGAAGACGACGAAGAGGACGGCUUCAGUUGUCCCUCCGAAUCUAGCAGUGACACCGACUACGAGAUACGUUCCAGACCCUCUACCACUAGCACAACUUCUACAUCUUCCUCCUCAGCGGCGGCAGGGCCUGCAGUGGGAGCGCCUUGUUUGAGACGUCAGAAACGUACCACCGCCAGCUCGGCUCCACGCAGUCACAUUAAUUCCGAUGUGCGUCUUUUGCGCAAGAUCGGUUAUAUUGCCUCACGGGUCCGUUUUCUUGCCAAACUCUAUGGUGACUUUAAACUGGUGAAUCCCUACAGUCCGGCCAAACAGAAACGUCUGUUACAGGAAAUUUUACUCAAGCACUCGAUUGUUGAUCCCGAACGCGAAUUGGCCAAAAGUGAAAAUUUGAAAUUACGAUCCGCAGGCGGCACAUCCUCGGUACGCAGUCUCACACCAGCCAGCUCCAUAGCCAGCAGCUAUUGUUGUCUGCCGCAAACGGAGAGCUCAUUUGAAGACGAUUCGGUGACCGGCACAGUGCGUCGCAAAUCAUCUACUUCGGUGACAAACUCGGCCACCACUUUUCUACUCGAAGAUUUGUUAAUACAAUUGUAUGAGGACCGCCGCAACAAGGUCACCGUAAUACGCCGCAGACGUAGUAGGCGCAGCAGUGCUGGGGCAGUAGGCAGUGGUACCUCCAAGCUACCACGCAAUCAUUUGAUCAUAAUGAGCAGUAAGACUACCAGCAGCAGUGUUGAGCGGCUAUUACAACUAGAUAACGAAGACGAGGGUGGCGGUGGUGGUGGCGUUGGCGGUGUUGUGGGCGUUAUUGGUGUUACAGGCAGCGAAAGCUCGGAUAGACUUACCAAAGGUAAUCAUAUAUACAAUGCAAAUAUUACAACUUCUAGUCAGCCGCAACAGCAGCGCAGUAGUACUGCAUUUCUCCAGCCCAUACCGGGGGAUGAGAGUCUAAAACGUAGACGCGCCAGCGAUUGCACACCCUCCCAUCCGGGCCAACCCUUAAGUAAUCAACUGCAGAUUACUUUGAAAAACAAUAAUUGCACAAAAUUUCCCUUGCACCGCGGCAGUUGUGGAGCCGCCGGUGAGCAUUUAUUAGCCGCCAAUUCUAUAGCCAAUCGUCAGACUUUAAUUCUAAGUAAAUCAUGCGGCAAUGUGGAUGCCGGUCUGGGCAACAGUAAUGCUGCUCUGUAUGGCAGCACAGAUUUGCGCAAUUUAAGUGCAAAUACGCCAGGGGGUGGCGGUAAUGGUUCUGUCACAACGACUACAAAUAGUGCAGCUGUUGGUGGUGGUGGCGGUGGUGUUGGAGGCGGUAUUGGUGUAGGAGGUGGGGCAACACAGACCAAUGGCAACAACGAGUACAGUAUUGUUCAAUUAAAUAACACCAUUAUACAGUGUCAUUUCAACGAUGAAGACUUUCGAGCCCUGGUCAAGGAUCUUAAGCGUAAAGUCGAAUACACCGAGCGUAUGAAUUGGCUAUGUAAGUUAACGCACAAGGAAAUCAAUAGUCUUUCUAAACGUCCCAUGGGUCCACCGCAUCGCAAGAGUAGUUUACCAAAGCAUCAGGAGGUUAAGAAGCGUUUUUUGGAAAUUUGCGAUAGCAACUUUUCGGAAGAGGUGCGCCAUGCUUUGCGUUUUCCCGCCUUCGAUUCCUAUGACUGGGGUGAUGCCGAUAUCAUACACUUAAUGCAAACUAUGUUUGUGGAAUUAGGCUUUAUAGAGAAAUUCAAUCUACCCAUCGAUACUUUACGUGAAUGGUUGUACGAGGUGUACAAACACUACAAUGAGGUGCCGUUUCACAAUUUUCGCCAUUGCUUUUGUGUGGCGCAAAUGAUGUAUGGCAUAACACGUCAGGCCAAUUUAUUACAACGUUUGGGUGAUUUGGAGUGUCUAAUUUUGUUGGUAUCCUGUAUUUGUCAUGAUCUCGAUCAUCCUGGCUACAACAACAUUUAUCAAAUAAAUGCCCGUACAGAGUUGGCACUACGCUAUAACGACAUAUCGCCUUUAGAAAAUCAUCAUUGCUCGAUAGCAUUUCGUUUAUUGGAACAUCCAGACUGUAAUAUUUUUAGAAAUUUUAGUAGAGAAGCAUUCAACCAAAUACGUGAAGGCAUUAUACGUUGCAUUUUGGCCACCGACAUGGCACGUCACAAUGAGAUCUUAACCCAGUUUAAGGAAAUCACGCCUGUGUUCGACUAUUCCAAUCGCGCUCAUAUUAAUUUACUCUGCAUGAUUCUCAUUAAAGUAGCGGAUAUUUCGAAUGAAGCUCGUCCCAUGGAUGUGGCCGAACCUUGGCUGGAUCGUUUGCUGCAGGAGUUUUUUGCCCAAAGUGCGGCCGAGAAAUCGGAAGGCUUGCCCGUUACACCCUUUAUGGAUCCGGACAAGGUUAGCCGGCCUGGUUCACAAGUACGUUUUAUUGGUCUGGUGCUAUUGCCGCUAUUUGAAGCAUUGGGUGAACUAGUGCCCGAACUGAUCGAUUUUAUUAUAGUUCCUGUACGAAUUGCUCUAGACUAUUAUAGACGUUUAAAUGAUGCUCAAAAUAAAUCACGCAAAUCGGUGGCCGAUAGCAACUCAGCGGUGGCUUCUGAGAAUAAUAGUGGCGGUUCGGAUGCCAAUGCAGCCUCUACCAGUACCACCGGUGGUUCGUCUGGUGCUGGUGGGGGCACUAAUGUCGGUACUUCGGGUGCUGGCAACUCUGGCGGCAGUAUUUCACCCCAAAUGCCUCGUUCUCAAUCGGGCAUUAGUGUGAAGUCCCGCCGGAGUAUACCCUCCCAAAAAUCAGCCUCGCGUACUUCUGUGGACGAGCCCGGCGGCAUGCCAGCCGAAUUGCACGAUCUACCCGAGGGCAGUGAGAGUGGUGAUUCAGAGACAGCCACAGAAGUGGAUGUGGCCGAGAAAACUUCAAAGUUCAAGGUGGACACCGAGGGCACCAGCAGUCGUUCGAAAUCUUCCGCCUCACGUAAAUCGUCGCGCGAAAAACGACCCUCUAUGAUUGGUGAGAUGUGCAGCAGUGGCAGUGGCCAAAGGAUACGCAAUUCGUAUGGCAAUAUUCAUGGCUACCACUCCAAUCGCAGUAACUUUGGCUCCAAUCGAGCCGUUAGUUUAGAUCAAUACAGCACCAAUAAUCGUCGUUUAUCGGAUGGUUUGCAACAGGUCAUUUCCGACAGCAAUGUCUUUUACAAUCGCCACAAUCGUGGCAGCCUAGAGGUGUCCUCAGUCAAUUGUCGCGUAGUGGAGGACAUGAACAUGAAUGCCACCGGAAUUGUUACAGUUUCUCAAGCGUCGGCCAUAGCUACGGGUCGAGUGGGUAUAGGUUCGAUGCAGCUUAAUACUUCCCAAAUUGUGCCAAAUAGUGAGGGUGCCACCACCAGUGCUGUAACCUCACUGCAUGCAACCACCGCUGCUAGCCAAGGGGUUGCACAACACUCUACAACCAACACCACUGCCCCAGUCACUCAACAAAACAUCAUGUGCAUUACAGCUUUCUCCAAUGGCAACAUAUCUCCCACGCAGCUGCAACCGCCGCGUCAGCACUGUUGUGCAGCUGCUGCUGCGGCGGCUGCAGCAGCCGCCAUAAGUAAUAAUGGACAGAAUGGAGUGGGCUCGAGUGCCAUAGAUAAUCCCGCCGCCGCUAAGGGUUCGUGGAAAGCACGUCUUAAGCAAUUCUCGGACUAUUUUAGUUUUUCUUUCGACAAGAAUUCCAAGCGUUUCAGCAGCACACGCAGCAGUCCCUGUUCGGUGCGCAACAACAAUGGUGGCCAUGGCAGCAUCGUGGACACCAGUACCACCUAUAUAGAUCCUCUGACGGGUAAACCAACCGCCAUGUGUUGCACCAUCUCCAAUAAUUUGCAAUCGCCCGGACUAAGGCAGAAGCAUGUUUCCCACCAACAAGAACUAAUUGCAGCGGGACGUCAUCGAGCUUAUAGUUUGGAUGUGCCCUGCAAUCGCAGCAAUCCCCGCUACAGCAGCAGCAGUGGUGGAGGCGGUGACAGCAGUCGCAAGUCCUCACGCCACGAUGGCACCGCCACUGGCGAUGAGAACAACAGCAACAAUACGCUUCAUAGUAGUAGCGGGGCUGGCAGUGAUAUGCCCACCUGUAUGCCGCCACCCAUACGUAUCGGCAGUGUAGAUGCCAGCGAUACCAUUCUAAUAGGCACGAGCGGCCUAUCAAGUGCUCUAACACCUGCAAAUCUAGUGGAGGCUGAACCCAGUUUAAGUAUCGAUUUGGGUAUGCCCAGUAAUUCAUCGUCGGCCGAGCCGCCGAAAAUUUGACAACGCGGGAGCUCAGAGACGACCACAAACUCCUCGAACGGAGCCUUUGCAGCACUGCUGCAGCAGCAACAGCAAGAACACCGGCUGCCGUCGGUGACUGCAGCCACAACGGGCGUACAAACGUCCAGCUGCAAUGUCUCCUCAUCGAUAUCGAUGACAAUGUGGUCGGCUUUGGGCCAGAGAUUAAGCGCGUUGGUGUGUCACUGUUGUGAGCGGAAAUUGCCAGAGCCGGAAAAUGUGUAAAACGAUGAAGUAGAAGAUGUUAAUGAAGACGACGUCAACGUCAAUAAUAAUGAAGCCAAUAAUAUACAAAUAAAUAAAUAAGCAUGAUCCAUUGCAUUUUAGAUAAUCACAGCAGAAGAUCGAUCAUAUUCAUUCAUAUUUUAGACACAAAACAAACAAAAACAAAACUAGUGUAAAGAAAAAGAGCACAACUAUUUUUUGUGUAGUUUUUAGUCAAUCCUUAAACAAACCAGCAAAACAAAUUUAAGGACGAAAAACAAUUUAUAAAUUAGUUGGUGAGUUUUUUGUAGUAAAAAAAAACAAACACAAUGCAUCACAAAUUCAAUACAAUCCUAUAAUAUAUGUUGUAAAUAAGUUUUAUUAUAAAUUGUAGUCAAUGUGUGGUAUUAAAAUAAAAAAACAAAAAUUAAAAGAAAAGAAACUAAACAAAAUAAUCAUAGAUAUUAUUGGAAUUAAUUUGUUUUACAUCACAUUUACAGAAAAAUCCAAAAUUUAGUUUUAGUCUUAUAAUUUUAUGUUUGUAGUUUGAAUUUUUUUUUUUAUUUUUUAAUCUUAAUUUGUUUGUGCAAUUUAUUUAGAAUUUGUAUAAUAAUUUUAGUUUAUUUUUCUUUUAAUCUAAUUGUGUGUAAUAAUAAGAAGACCAGUCAGUCCUUUUUAUUUAGUUUUAAUUGAAUUUUAUUUUAUUAUAUUAAUUUAAUUAAUAAACUUUAUUGCAUUUUUGUGUGUAAGUUAAAUUUAGAAAAUAUUUAAAAGAAAUUAUACAACCAACAUAUUGCAACUGAUAUCAAAUCUUAACGAUAUUAAGAAUAAAAAAAAACUUGGAAAACUCCUAUAAACAA